GAUAUUUCUAGCGUAGGUGUAAUGUCAAUGAUAUGUCUGUAUAAACGUAAAUUUUUAUUGUAAAUUAUACCAUUUAAAAAAUAUUGGAAUUAUUCAUCUAUACAACUUUGUUUUUCCUGGUAUUCACUGGUAAGUAAAAGUAAAAGAGGAGUAUUCGUUAAGUUAAAGUAUUUUAAGUAGUAGUUAGUAGUACUAGUUCUAACAGACUACACUGUAAACUGUACUGUUACUGUUACACGUUAAACUUAAAGUUGAUUUACACCACGCCUAGUAGGCUAGUAAGUAAAAAAAUAAUGAGCGCUUGAAUAUAAGCCUAUGCCUAUACUAUAUAAUACUAUACUAUAUAUAUACAAUACUAUAUAAUAUAAUACUAUGCUGCAUAGUAGUUAUAUUAAGUUUUGUAGACUUUUUACUUUGUAAAAACACAUCAAUUUCAUCUUUCUAGCUUUAUGCGGCUAUUCGGACCCGGGUUUCAAGAGAGAGUGGUUGGGUUUAUUAAAAAAUAUUAAAAAUUAUUGUAGGGUUUGUAGGAAUAGGAUAAAAUUUGGUAUCAAAUGAAAGAUAAUUGAAUGGACUCUAUUGACUAUAUGAAUAUGAUAUGUUUUUAAAAUUUCUUCUUCAGUUUAACUAAAAUAAACUACCACAAAUGACAUCCGGGUAGCAUUUAGUCUAAAGGCAAAGGGACCUGGGUGCACAUGUAUCAUAUAGGCUUUUUUCAAUGUAUUGCCGUUAUGGGUCAAUUAGCUUCUAAAUAAAUGUGGUGGCAACUUAAAAAUGCUUUAGAACCUGUGCACUAGAGUUAGUAGUUAGAGUUAGAGCUACCAAGCUUAAUAAAUUAAAAGGUGCAUUUGACAAGAUUUUACAGAGUCCUUAUACUUAUAGCAACAAAAAUUUUUGUAAUAUUUGACUUGCUGAAAAAAAAGGAGCAUUUUAAUCCUUUAAAUUAAUAUUUCCAGGGAAAUUUUUUAUAUAAUAUAAUAAAAAUCAAGAUGGAUCCCAGUUGAGAAAUCCUGGUGCCAAACUGCAAACUCUAGAAAAUGUUAGAUCUUAUAUGUAGCAAAUAAUUUUGAUCAAAAACAAAUUUGACAUGUAAAAAAACCAUUAAGAAACAAUAAACAAUUAUUUUAUAGGGUAAUGGAUGACUUUGUGUCAUAUUUUAUUUAAGGAAAAAAAAAUGCAUAGUAGUUCUCCUUUUUUUCAUAAGAGAUGUCAGAUAUUUUUGCAAUUGCCUUAGGAGUAUAUUUUAAUAGUAUAUUUUUUAAGAUGUUGUUUAUGUAUUUUGGAUGUAAAAUUGUAGUGGCUUGUUUUUAAAGCAUCUUUGCUAUUUUUUUUUAGGAUUUAUCCAAUUAGUUGCAAGAUAUUUUGGCUAUUGUGCGUUUCUAAAUCUAUUUCUCCCCACAAGGAGCUUGUUUAGUUGUGUGAUAUCAAUUUUUAUACAAUGGCAUGGGGGAGGCUGUUAACUUAUAUGUCAACUGGUUAUAAUGAUAAAUACUGACAGCAGUGCCUUGGGUUAGGUGUUUAAUUUGUUCUAGGAAUGAGGUGGCAACAUAAAAUGCUCAUAUCCUAGAACAAUUUUUCUCAUAAGAAAUAAAGAAAAUUCACAUGUGUUCCACACAUCUAUAUAUACACUUAUAAACUAAUUUUUAAUGGCUUCGUAAUGGUAAUUAUUCUACAAAUUAUUACCCCUAACAUCAGAAAUGAAUAAAAUAUGUUGUUGUCAAUAAACAAAUGAAAAUAAUUAACAAAUUAACUUGCACCCUACUUCUGAGGCUGGUGUGUUGGAGACAUGUGGCAUAUGGGCACAGCGUGAGUGUGUUGUCUGCACAUUGUGUGACAGCUUCAUUCACACUCCACGGAAAAUGCCAUAUGGUGCACAAAUUUUGUUCGCAUUCCGAUACAUCACUCAUGAACCAAUACAAAUUUAUUAAAAAAUUUAUACUUGUAUCCCGAUUUUCUCAUAUCCUAGGUUACUCAUAACCUGAGGUUACACUGCAAAAGCUUAACAAUCUCUUUUAUUGUGAUAAAUUGUGAAAUAUAUUUAAUUACCUACAGUUAAUCUAUAAAUUAGCAUAAUUAAUUAUAGUAAACAUUUUUAAAAGCUCAAUACUUAAUUUAUUAGUGGUAGCAUAAUAAUAAGCCUCAGUCAAUAAACCAGGAAACAGUAUAUAAAGGCUAUCAAAACCUCAUAUGUAUAGAACCACAAAGUGCAUGAUACUCAAGGCCAGGGCGCGAAACACCGAAGGCGGCCCGCAAUAUUUGUUGUAAUGCAGGAGAGUUUAAUUCUGGUCGUACCACACAUUUAAAUAAGCACUCCAUAUUAAUAUUUUUCCUGUGUAACAUGCUACUAGUCUUACACAAAAAAUGAUCAUAUCUUUACAGGUGACAACUGAUUUAAAUCCUUGGUCAUGACAUUUCCAUUGUCGCACAAAACAAUAUUUGUGCUUGACCACAGUUCUUAUUUUGCCCAGUCAUGCAACCAACCUAUCGAAUAUGAUGUACUAAAAUCCAAGGGAUCAGGGGUUAUCCCAGCUGCCCCCAUCACCAAAUCCCUUUGGACUUGUAAUGUAGAGGGACUCCAAGAAUAUCUUAGGAUUGUUUUUGACAUAUAUCCUAAGGAUAGACAGGUAAGUCAUGUUGUGAAAAGAAGAGUGAUAAUUUUAUUUAACUUACAAAAAAAACCCAACUCCAUCUAAUUCCCAAAAUGUAUAAAUUGGUAACCACUUUUCAUGAGGAGACAACUUUUUAUGUGGACUUCACUUUAAUAAAUUUUUAAUUAAACAGAUAAAGAAGAUGUCUGGUCAUUUAAAAGCUUUUUAAAACUUGUAAAAAAAAAACUUCUUGAUUAUCAUUCUUCUUGUAUUGUAUUUCACAAUGGAAUAAUAUAAAUGAAUACUUAUUGGAAAAUUUAAUUACAAGUUGCGUACCGAGCACUGUACCAUCGGCAGAUACUUCAGUAGGCUAUACCAUAACAGGGAGCCUUCCUACCGGCAUUACAGCCUGGUCCCGGAAACUCUAGCACAUCUGUUGACCGAAUGCCAGUCACUAGAUGUUUCUCAGGGGAGGCUAGGGUGGUGGGGGAGUCCUAUGUGAGGAAAAUGUUAUAUGGCACAGCUGAGCAGAUGGAGCUGAUUGCCAAUGCGCUAGCCAGGGUUGUAAGAAAGUAAUCUCAAACCCUCAACAGAAUAUGUGCGUUAGUUGCAAGUUGUCAUUUUUAAUACUUGAAAAGAGACAUUUUGUUAAGUAUAAAUUGAACUAAUGAGCUAUGAAUGGAAUUCUGUCUAAUUUCAUUUACAAAUAUAUAUUUUCCCUAUUGACCAAUAAUUAAAAAAAUUUUUUUGUUAAGAUCAGAGUUGUCACAAGUAGCGCUGCACUUAAUCCAUGGAACUGUGCCGACACUAUCAAUGUAAGCUGAUGUUUUUGUUUGUUUUUGUGGAGCCUGGGGUUUUGAGAUAUUUAUUCUGGACUUGGGAAUGGAUGUUGAUGUUUAUGUCGGGCCUGGGAUUUGAGAUAUUUGCACUGGACUUGAGGAUAGAUGUUGAUGUUUAUGAUUGCAUAGAAAGAAAUAAAAUAUUAAAUAAGCGCUAGUGAGUUUUAAAAUUUUUAUUUUGAUGUAUAAGUUAUUAUAAGUGUAACAACUUUUUAAAGAUAUGACAACCUUAAAAAAACACUCCAGGCCAAUUACAUUUAUGUUUACCAUGUUUGUGUACCCCAGACUGUUAUAACAAAACUUGCCCACGUGGGGCCACCGAAAGGCAAGAAAGAUGAUAAUGAGUAUUCAGUUCUACACGGUCUGUCUUGCGCCAUCGACUGUCUGCGUGAGCCCACAUAUCAACAACAGGAUAGGCUGGAGAGAGGAGAGAGUGUGAAAAACAGAGGUCGGAUCAUCUGCCUUACUGUAGCAAAGAAGUACGUUUUCAGCAAGUUUCUGAGCUUAUUAUUUUACAAAUCUGUAAUACUUAUAAGUCAGGCAAUGUACAAGGCCAUGUCCUAUUUUUUGUUUUUUAAUCAUAGGGGUUAAUUUCACCUGUGCCAGCCAGUCAUAAGCUUUAACUGAGGAAGGGUCCAAGUGUGGGUUAUAUACUAAACUGAGAUUCUGCAAUGAGUUUGUCAAUUGAAAAGAAGGCUUUGUUUAAUGAUGUAAUGGAGUAAACAAAGAAUUAUUCUCUGCAUUUUAACAGUUUUAUUUCUUUACAGUUAACACUUCAGUCAGAAAUUUUGAAAAGCUGAUUUGUUAGGGGGAGAAAACAAAAGGGUUUUAAGCUACAUUUGCACAUAGUUCCACAUUAUUUAGUUCUUAAUGAUGUGAAUCAGACCCUCCACAUGAAUUAACUUUAAAUAUAUAGGAAAGGUGUAGUUUUAGUCAUUGUGUGUCAAAUGGGGUGCACAUGAUUUAUGUGGGUCCUGGGGCUUCUAUGUAAUUUAUUAGAUUAAUAUUAUUAAUAUUUCUUUAUUAAAAUUUGGGAUUAAUAGUACCUGGGAGUAUACAUAUAAUAUAAUAUAUAUAUAUUUCUUUCUUAAAGAAGAGAUUUUGUGUAGACUUUCAGGACUUUGGUGUUUCAAAACUUCACUUUACUUAGUUUACAGACAUAAGUGGAUUAUUUUAAAUCUACUAAAAACUCAUCCCAGACAUCAUGGGUUUUAUUUUAAAAUACUCAAACUCAUCUCAGUGGAAACUCUCUCGUAUUCAAAGAUAUAUUUAAAAAAAAACAAGUUUGAAAAAAAUAUUUCUUUGAUCCUUUAUCGAUGGGACUUGUAAUGUGGUUUUUUAUGUUUUUAUGUGUUCAACCAGUGAGCAGUCAGUUAGCCACCUGGAAGAAUAUGUUGUAGAGGCCAUACAACACCACAACAAGAUAUCAACAUCAGGCGACCUGUGA